GAAGUGCAAUGCAUUGUCAAAGUGAAAAAGUGAUCUGGAUUUUUUUUAAUUAGGAAUUAUCUUAUACUUCUUAUUAUAAUAGUUAUACAUUUUUGUGUUUCACAUUUAGACUAUAUAAGACGAAAACGAGUAGAUAAUUAAAUUCUGAAAUCAACACGUUUUCAGAAAGGUUAAAGAGCCUUGACAUGUUCAAUUAGCAUAAAAGAUCGUGGAAAAUUAGAAAAUCAAAGCAACUAUGAACAAAAAGAAGCACCAAAGUGAUCCAAACGCCGAUAUUUCGUCAGAAUCCGCUGAUGAGAACCAAAAUAAUGUAGAAUGUUCUCACAUCAAUAAAUCUGUGGAUCUACAAAAGGUGAGAAAAGCUCUAAGUGGAACUGGCUUUCUCACAGAUUGUGAAUUUUGUAAAAAGAAUCCUGAAACUAACGAUAUGGGUGAUCUUGAAUUUGACAACUCUCUAUGGCUUUGCUUAAAAUGUGGAAAUCAGGCCUGUGGUAGAGGAAGAAAUCAGCAUGCUUUGCAACAUUUUGAGACUCCACGUUCAGAUUCUCAUGCGAUGUGUGUAAAUACCACUAUCUGGAGUGUUUGGUGCUAUGGUUGUGACGAAGAAGUUAAUUUAACAUGUAAAAGAAAACUACUGGAUGCUGUGGAAAACCUUCGGAAACAGGCUGAAUCUAAUAAGAUAAAGCAACAACUACAUAUACCUCAAUUAUCUGAUAAAGCAUUGGACAUUAAUCCAGCACUGCCAUCUACAGCGAGUACAGGAGCAACUCCAAAGCUGAAUAAUUCUGUUACAGCUCAACUGCCAAGGGCAAGAGGUCUCUCAAAUUUAGGAAAUACUUGUUUUUUUAACUCUGUUCUGCAAUGUCUUGGACAAACUCCUUAUUUACUGAAAUUGUUAGAAGAAACAUCAGUAGAUAACCAAUAUUUUAAACUUCCUGGUGGUAAAAUUACAUUGGAGAAUAAAGAGGUGAUUGAACUGGAACCACUAGAAGGUGAUCUUGAGAAGUGGAAACCAUUAACUUCAACUUUAGCUGACACUUUAAGAGAAUUGCAGAGUGGUAGACAAGAAGUGUAUGUUCCGAGAAUGCUCUUGUUGAGGUUUACUAAUAAAGUACCACAAUUUGGAUUUGGAGAUCAACAUGAUGCUCACGAGUUAUUAAGACAUCUAUUGGAAGCUGCCCGAGAGGAAGACUUGCGACGAUAUAAGACUGUUAUUCUUGAAAAACUAGGUUAUAAUGUUAAAACUGAUCCAGCAUCGGUGGAAGGUGAUAAAAAGAAAAUUGUGAAAUUUUAUGGUCAGCAAGCUUCUGAAAUGCUGUUACCGACAGAACAGGUAUUUAGAGGCGUACUUGUAAGUACUCUUCAGUGCCAGGAUUGUGGACACACUUCACACCGAGACGAGUUCUUCUUAGAUUUAAGUUUACCUAUUAGUGAAAAAAAACUUCCUCCUGUAUUAAGAAGAAAAGCCGAAGACAUAGAGGAUAACAACAAACCUUCCAAACAUCAAAUUAAAAAAGAAAAACGAGCAGAGAGAAAGAAAAAUAAAAAACAGAAGAGCAGCAAAGGCGUACUGUCCAAUACUAUUGUAUUUUACAACGAUGGUACUUUUGUGAAUAAAAGCGAGAGCGAAUCUGAUGCAGAUGUUGAGGAUAAUGUUGAGGAGGCUUCAACUUCCAAAGUAGCUCCACACGAAGACAUUCCCAAAGGAACUGAAUCAGGAUAUAAUUCAGAUAAAAUCGACAAUAGCAGUCCAGAUUCAAAUAACCGAGGAGUUUCACCGGAGAUGCGGGUAGAUGACAGCGGAGUACCGAGUCCGACGGUUGGUAUGCUGAGUGUAACGCCGGGAAGUCCCGAAAAUAGUCCUGUUUCGAGCGAGACGCCUUUGGACACCUGUAGUAGUUCCAGUCCUAUUUGUGGACGCAAUAGUCCCAAUGAUGAGAUUGUGGAGGAGUUCGAGCGACCAGAGUCAAGACUAGCAUUUGUAAGUAAUAAGAACGCGGAUCUAAAAGUUGACCUAGAAAAACUUAGUUUAGUAAAUGCUGAUAAUCAGAAAAAGCUUUUUGAUCAAGAUGAAGAUAGUAAUAUGGAGGGUGCUUGCGGUCCCGUCCCGGAGGACGAAAAGAUGGAAGAAGACCAAUGGGGAGCGGAGGAUGAAAGCUUGUGGUCCGGUACGAUAUCUUCCCGGUAUCAAUGCGAAGAAGGCGAAUGUUCGGUGCAAUCUUGUUUGAAUCAAUUUACCGAAUGUGAAUUGAUGGCUGGAACUAAUAAAGUAGGCUGUGAAUUGUGUACCAAACGAUUGGGGGGACCGGAAAAGAAGACCGUGUAUACAGACGCUUCAAAACAGUUGCUCAUAUACAAUCCACCUGCCGUGCUGAUUCUGCAUUUGAAACGGUUUCAGGUGUACCGCUUCCGUUCGGCCAAAGUCAGCAAAAACGUGAAGUUUACUACUCUUCUCGACAUCGCUCCAUUUUGCUCAAAACGUUCUCAAAACCUGCCAACGUUCGAAGACGGUCAAACCAAGGUUCUGUAUUCACUUUAUGGGGUAGUAGAACACAGCGGCGGCAUACACGGUGGACACUAUGUCGCAUACAUUAAAGUCCGUUCGCCUUUAGACGAAAACAGCUACAGAUGGAACUACCUUCCCAAAAACCAAAAGCAAAAAACCGAUAACAGUUCUAAAGGAGCGGCCGGAGAACCGGAGGUACCACCUGGAAGAUGGUUUUAUAUUAGUGACUCAUACGUGUCUGAAGUAUCAGAAUCCAAGGUGUUAGCAGCGCAAGCUUAUUUACUAUUCUAUGAAAGAAUAUUGUAGGGUUUUUCAAUUAUAUUUAGACAUGGACUUGUAGAAUAUACUGUUAAUUAAGUUCAUUUGAGGUGUCUUAAGGAUUGUGGGAAUCAAUUCAUUUGAAAAAUGUUACAAAAUAGUCAAAUAUAAUUUAUAUUUACUCUCUCCGUGGAUGUUAUACUUUUUGUAUUGGUUCUUAAAAAUGUGAAAACAGUUUUUUGACGAAAACAGUGAAGUUGGAAGAUAUUUAACAUACAAGAAUCUUUAUAUAUUUAUUAUUAAUUUGUGAUAUCAUCGGAUUAUUAUUAACAGGGACCCUCAUGGUCAAACUAAAUACAAGAAAUGACAUUAAGCAUAAAUUUGAGAUUCCAGAAAAGCUUACGACGUGAUUCAUACACUUUUUCAUUUAAUUAAAGGUUCCGAGAAAUACACUGGGGUGCAAAAUUAACCGGAUAUUCAGAUUUUUCCUAAAAACUGGCGUUAAAAAAAGUUUAAGAUGUUCCCAGUUGAGUAUUUAACAUCAAGUUAGAAUCUAUGGAGAAGCUAUGAGCAAAUUAACGUGUGUAUUAAAAACGGCGUCAGUGGGCGUGGCUAACGAUCAUACCAAUAUGGCAGUGGGAUCAGGGCCAGACUCAAUAUUAUUAAAACUACUAUACAAAUAUGACUAGUUAUUUAAAAGAUCUUUCAUUUUUAAUAAACUAUGUAUACAUAAAGAUACAUUAAUACAGUCAAAUAACAAGUUGUAUUUAGAGAAUAAUAUAAAUAAUAUAUAGUUCCAACGUACUUGUUUGUCUCCCUUCUUGUGGAUAGGUACUAUAUGGCUUUUAUACCAGUGUUUCGGUAUUUCUUCUUUUUCCCAGACUUCUCUUAUAAGAUGAUAUAUCUCAAGGUAGAGCUUUUCUCCGCUUUUUUUUUAGUAGUUCCGCAUGUAUGCUGUCUGGGUCUUUGGCUUUAUGGUUUUUUAGGGACGAAACUGUGGACUUCAGCUAGUGUGGGCCCUGGUAUUUCAGGUUCGGCUAACU